CUUAACAGUGGCCCAGCAGUGAGUACAAUUUAGGAACUACUGGUUUAGCCCAUCCCUCUCAUAAGAAAACAAAUGAGGAAACGGAGACUCAGAAUAAGGAAGAUAUUCUUUUCUAAGAUCAUACAACUGGUUAUCAUUAAGCUCUGUUCUACUCUGUCCCUCCUCAUCUAGGUAAUUGCAUUCGACAACAAAUUCUGCAGUGUUAAAGUGAAGGAAAUUGGAUAUAAAAUACCCAACAAUUGUGAUGUGGGCUUUCAGGAAGGUGAUGGUUCCAGAGGCUGGUGUGUACUAUAGGGGAGGCAUAGACACAGCAAACACUUGUCGUAUAGCACCUUGUACUGAAGGCCUAAACUCCUCAAUUUCCCAGAGCACGAAGAAAAAUCUUUGGGCCUGCCUCAAAGGUUGCAGUGGCAGAGAUUUCCUCUGGAGUCAAGCAAAAGACGGCUUGAAUCCCAGCUUCUCGGCUUAGCAAAAAAACCACCUUCCAUCUCUUUAUUCAUGCUACUCUUUACUAUUAUCAUUCCUAUAAAAUGUUAUAGGAAUAAUAAUAGCUAACAGUUCUGGGCGCUUGUUAUCUGCCAAGCACCUCUGAUGCAUUAUCUAACUUAACCCUCAAACUAAUACUGGAAGGCAGUUAUUAUCGUUCCACACGAUAGGUGAGGACAUCUGCACUCUGAAUGGUUAAUCGCUUAUCUGCAUUUAUACAACUAAGCAGGUGAUAGAAUAGGAUUCAAACCCAAGCGGCUUUAUUCCAGAGUACGCACUUAACGCUACCGCUAUCUUGUGCAACUUAAAUGCAGAUAAGGGUUGCAAAGGCCUGGCACAUAGCGGGCAGGGAAAGUCAGUGUUUUUUCCGCCCAAGUGGCAGCGCGAGUCAGUUGUAACGCGAUAUCCAGAACCUUCUCCGUAGAGGCCUUGCCUGGGACUACAACUCCCAGGAUGCCGCAGGCGGAGAAGCUGGCCAAUCGGGGGCGCCUCUUCGCCUUCCCAGUCGGCUCCCUGCUCCUGUCAGAACCUCGGUGACGGUUGGCUGGUUCUUUUACAGUGGCUCUGUAAUGAGAGAAAUUGGAGAAAUUCUCCCUGCUCAGGAAAAGGUAGAGGCAAGGACUGACUUAAAGAUGGGUAAGAAGAGUGCUACUGAUCAUAAGCUAAAUGUGGACAAAGUAAUUAAAAAUAUUAACACAAUUUCUUUGGAGUUGAAGAAGAUAAAAGAGCUCUCCCAGUUAUUGCUUUGUGACCUUAUCCUACAUUUUAAUCAUCCCGUCAAGACUGAGAACUUAACAGAAGCAGAAAGAAACAACCCCCUCUUUGAAGAGUCUAAAAUAUCAGAUAUAUCCCUCGUUUCUAACAGUUUUUCUGCUGAUUUCUUAUUUGUUACGAGUUUCUGUUUUUAUUGUUGAAGUAACAAAUACUUGGGAGAGUUGAGUUUACUAAUUUGUAUAUGUAUAAUUUAAAACAAAAUAAAAAUAAUGUUGUAAACAAGCA